GUAUAAAGGUGGUGUUAGUACGGGUCUGUUUCAACUCCCAGCCUGACAGACUUUGUGUUUUUUUUUUUUUUUGUGUGUGUGUAUGUGUGUAACCACACCUACACAGUGGCUGCCAAGGCUUACCCAUGAGUUAAACCUUCUUUAGUUGGUAAUGAUGAAGGCGUGGGGCUCUAGCAGUGGACACCAGAAGGCAGCAGUGGGUACCAGAAGGCAGCAGUGGGUGAAAACAAGCAAAAUAAAGAGAAGUUUGGCUGUGAGAAGGUGCUAGACAGCCAGCCAUAGUGACGAGGAGGCAGGAAGAUAGGUCACCACCACCACCACCACCAUCACCACCACAGGGAAGUAAGGAGUUGCCGAGGUUCAGGAGUGAUCCCGUUGCAACAAGAUCAAGAUCAAGGACGUCAACAAAAUCCACGCUGCUCUACACACGCAAAGUGUACCAUGUUGCAACCUCGUAUACCAAGAGUGGCAUCCCAAAGCUUGCAAGUCCUGCAUCCACUGUAUGGGCUGCAGAUAAGAUGCAUAUCUCAGAAUGAGUUUUCUGUGAUAAAAAUACCUGUGGCAAUGCAAAUGAGGCUAAAAAGAGAGAAACUGAAGGAGAGGAGAACAGAGAGAGAACAACAGAUGCAGAGGUCAAGAAUGGGCAAUCAGAAAAUUCCUAUAAUAACCUGUAGAAGGACUGGGUUUAACCAUUACUGGGGGCAGAGCUAUAGUAAGUUUGCUGCUGUUCCCUUGGCCUCCAAGGGUUGGCUACAUAAGAAGGCAGCAGGGGACUUCUUCACCAUUAACAGCCAUGGCUCAAAUCCAGCAUUUGAAGAUGAAAGUGACAUUGAGGAAGACUUUGCCUCCCUUGGGCUUGAUGGUGAUAUUGUCACUCAGUUGCACAAUAUGGGGAUUGAGAAGCCAACAAAUAUACAAUCUCUGGCAAUUCCCCACGUGUUGGAGGGAAAAAACACACUCAUCUCUGCUGAAACGGGGAAUGGAAAAACACUGGCAUUUAUUGGUCCAAUGCUGCAACAAAUAAAAGAGAGGAAUGCAGUGCUCUCAGAACUGCCAAUGAAUUCCCCAUUAGGCCUUGUCAUAGUGCCUGGGAAAGAACUGGCAGCACAGAUUCAUAGAGUUGCAUCACAAAUAGGAAGGAGUCUUGGGAUUAAAGUGAAGCUGAUUACUGGAGGAGGAACUAAGCAGAGAAUGUUGAGCCCACCCAUGUCUCGAGUAGAGCUGCUGGUGGCAAGCUUUGGUGCUCUGUCAAAGCUUACUACAGUUGGGGUGUACAACAUGAACCACUUGACUCACAUCACCUUGGAUGAGGCUGACACAUUGCUUGAUGACUCUUUCAAUGAGCAAGUAACCCGCUUUAUGACCAAGCAUCCGAUACAAGGUGCAGGAGAGAGCCAGUAUCCAGAAGCCUUGUCUGGGGCCCAGCUUACCUUAGUGGCUGCCACAACACCAAGAGACUUGACUAAAAUCCUUGAACCCAUUGUGAAUCCUGACUCUGUGGUGCGUGUCUCCACGCCUUACCUGAACCAUCUCAUGCGCCACGUGCCCCAGCGCUUCUUUAGGGUCAACAAGAAUACCAAAGUGGAGAAACUUAUGGAAUUAGUAAAGAAUGAUUCAAAAAAGGGGAGUCCUGUGAUUAUAUUCAGCAACAACAGUAAGACAUCUGACUGGCUGGCCUUGCUCCUCAAUGAUAAUGGUGUGUCCUGUGCUAACCUGAAUGGGGCCAUGUCUUCUGCACUCAGACAAAAGCAUUAUGAGGCUUUCAUGUCAGGGGAGGUGAAAGCUCUCUCCUGCACUGAUCUCACAUCUCGUGGCCUUGAUACAUGUAAGGUGUCUCAUGUGAUCAACUAUGAUUUCCCAAAUUACAUUGCUGACUACAUUCACCGGUGUGGACGCACAGGACGAGUUGGUGGUACCAGUGCCUCCCUUGUCACCAGCCUGGUCCAUAAGCCGUGGGAAGUGGAGCUGGUUCAAAAGAUUGAGUAUGCAGUCAAGAAGAGAGAAGAAUUCCACAAUGUAAAUGCCAAUAUUAAGAGGAUACUCACAACCAGACACCAGAGAGAGGAGUUAAAGCAUUUGAAAGCUUUAGCGCACAAAGGUUGAAAAGCAUUGUACCAAGGGAGGAAGUAUAUAAUUUAAGCUAUGUUAGGAGCAUACAAAGGUAAACAAAAAAAGUGAAUGCCAUAACAUAUUUUACAGCUGUGAUGUGUAAUCUCACUGAAUUUGAAGAUUAAGUAUAAAUAGUGUAUAUAAUACUUAAAAGUUGAUUUCAAGUGACAAUUUUUUUGUAAUAAUAUCUUAAAAAGAAGAGGUUAAUUAUUAUCUUAUAUGUAAUAUACUGUAUAAUAAUAUAUUGUAUAUAAUAUUCAUAAGUUAAUUUUGAGUAACAGUUUUUGUUAUUCCACAUGUUAAAAAGAGACAAUCAUCUCUUAAUCUUUUAUUUAUGUCCACCAGUGUAUUACUUGCAAUUAUACAUAUUGUUCUUGAGUGGCUA